AUGCUAGAACGGAUUCAGCAGCUGGUAAAUGCAGUGAACGAUCCACGCUCAGAUGUGGCUACCAAAAGACAGGCCAUCGAGCUACUAAAUGAGAUUAAAUCCUCAGAUAAUGCAAUGGAGAUCUUUAUAUCACUAGUCAUUAAUGAGAACUCAAAUGAUUUGCUGAAGUUUUAUGGGCUGUCCACUUUGAUUGAAUUGAUGAGAGAGGGCUUAAAUGCCAAUGCAAACGGCUUGAAUUUGAUAAAGUUUGAAAUCACUAAAUGGCUUAAAUUUCAAGUCUUGGCCAAUAAGCAAGCUAAAUUACCUGAUUUCUUGAUGAAUAAGAUUUCCGAAGUUCUGACUACUUUGUUUAUGUUGAUGUACAGCGAUUGUAACGGAAACCAGUGGAAUAGUUUUUUUGAUGAUCUGAUGAAUCUUUUCCAAGUUGAUUCAGCCAUUUCCAGUAUCAGUCCGACUACUGAUGGUAACAGUCUUUUAGGCCUUGAAUUCUUUAACAAGCUUUGUCUGAUGAUCAAUUCAGAGAUUGCAGAUCAAAGUUUCAUCAGGUCCAAGGAGUCUCAAUUAAAAAACAAUAAUAUAAAAGAUUGGAUGCGUGAUAAUGAUAUUAUGAAAUUGAAUAAUGUUUGGUUUCAGUGUUUAAAACUGGAUGAACAAGUUGUCUCACAGUGUCCUGGAUUAAUCAAUUCUACUCUGGAUUGUAUAGGGAGCUUCAUCUCAUGGAUCGAUAUUAAUUUAAUUAUCGAUGCGAAUAAUUAUUAUUUGCAAUUAAUUUAUAAAUUUUUAAAUCAUAAAGAAACCAAAAUUUCAUGUCAUAAUUGCAUACUGGCCAUCAUCUCCAAGAAAAUGAAACCAAUGGACAAGCUGGCUUUUUUGAAUAUGAUAAAUCUGACUAACGAAUUGAGCUAUUAUCAUCAAUCCAUAUCAAUGAACCCUCAAAUCAUUACAUUCGAUAAUUUGGAAGUCUGGGAGAGUUUGGUCAAGUUAAUCACGUCAUUUGGGAUGGAAUUCACCAUUAUUAUCGAACAGACUAAUGAUGAUCCAAAACUGGAUACUUUAUACAAGGAAUCUGUAAUUUCAAACGUCGAUACGAUUUUAUUAGAGAAGAUAAUACCAAUACUUUUGGAAUUCAUGAAUAAUGAGUUCGACUCAAUAACAGGAAACACAUUCCCAUUCUGGUCAAACUAUCUGGCUUUUUUGAAGAAAUAUAAGUCAUCUUCUCAAAAUUUUUUACCAUUGCAUAAGGAUUUUUUAAAUAACUUCCAACAGAUUUGUUUCAAAAGAAUGAAGUUUUCAGACGACGAAAUCACACAGGAUGAUUUCGAAGAAUUUAAUGAAGCUAUAAGAUUUAAAUUGAAAAUUUUUCAGGAGAUUAUAGUGGUGAUUGAUCCAAUUCUAUUUGCAAAUAACAUCACCCAAGAAAUUUCCACGAACCUGAUGAACUGCAAAAACGAAAGCUGGCAGGUUUUUGAACUUACUAUUUAUCAAAUCUUUAAUCUAAGCGAAUGUAUCAAGAACAACUACUUUGGCCUGAACAAAAAUGAAAUUAUGACUUCACAGCCUUCAUUAACCUUAGUACGAUUUUUGAAUGAACUAUUAAUGAUGAAAGAUUUCUUAUUGACAAUCGAUAACGAGCAAAUUCAAAUUCUGUUCAUGGAACUAAUUGUAAAGAAUUAUAACUUCAUAUUUUCAACAAGCGCUAACACGGCAAGCGCUACUGAUGACGAUGAGAAAUAUCUGCUGAUCUUGAAUAUUUUUAUGAGCCCAUUUGCUAUGUUCAAUAAGAGAGAAAACGUUAGACUUAGAUCGUGGUAUUUGUUUACGAGGUUUUUAAAACUAACGAGAAUUAAUUUGAAGAAGAUUUUAUUCACAAAUAAAAGUCUAGUCAAUGAAAUCACUAAUAAAAUAAGCCCGCUACUCCAAAUAAAAGUUACCUCUAUUAACGCACAAGGGACAGAUGACAAUGAUACAAUUUUCGAUAAUCAACUGUACAUUUUCGAAGGUAUUGGUUUCAUAGUCACACUGAACAAUAGUAGUCAUGACCCUGCUACCGCUGCUGAUAGCAUGGAUUACGAUAUAUUAGAUCAGAUAUUAACACCACUAUUCACGCAAUUAGAAGGCUGUAUCACCCAGGGAGCUUCACCAGUCGUAAUUUUGGAAUGUCAUCAUAUUUUAAUGGCUAUUGGUACUUUGGCUAGAGGUUUGCACAUAGGCUUGGUCCCUGAAAAUCAAGUUAACAAUAUGAUGGUUAAUAAAAAGUUAAUCAACGAUUCUUUAAUCCAUAAAUUCUCCAAUAUCGCUGAGGUUAUACUAGUAACAUUUUCUUUUUUCAAUAAAUUCGAAAAUAUUCGAGAUGCGUCUAGAUUUACCUUUGCCAGACUAAUUCCAAUUCUAAAUAACAAGAUUUUACCAUUCAUCAAUAAAUUGAUUGAGUUGAUCUUAUCAUCCACAGAUUUAAAGUCAUGGGAGAUGAUUGAUUUCCUUGGGUUUUUAUCUCAACUGAUCCACAUGUUCCACGCAGACUUGGACUGUUACCAGUUAUUCAAUCAAUUACUUUCUCCAUUAAUUAACAAAGUUCACUCUAUUAUCAAAGAGAUUGAUGAGCAGCACCACCAACAAGCAAGCAUUAAUAAAUCUAUAGACAAUACUCUUACUACCACAGCCUCCGCAAAUAAGAAUAUUGUCGUCACUGAUUCAUAUAGAGAUAAAGUACUGUUGAAAAAGGCAUAUUACACAUUUUUACAAUCAUUCACUAAUAAUUCUGUUACUUCAAUACUGUUAUCAGAUAUAAACAGAUCCAUUCUGCCAAUUACAUUAAACGAUUUAGUCACUUACACACCACAAGAAAUUCAAGAAACGUCGAUGAUGAAAGUCUCCCUGAAUGUGUUGUGCAACUUCAUCAAAUGUUUUGGGAGCGGUUCAUGUUUGGACAAUGAUGAUAUCAACAGAGACCCCAACUUGAAAAUCGAUGGUCUCAAUGAAUUUUUCAUCAUGAAAUGUGUCCCGAUGAUUUUUGAAAUCCCGUUUAAUCCAAUAUACAAGUUCAAUAUCAAGGAGGGGAACUUUAAGACUAUGGCAUCUGAUCUGGCAAGAUUACUGAGAGAGCUAUUUCUCGUUAACAAUAAUCCAACUACAAAUGAAAACGAAUGUGUAAAGUACCUCACGCAGAUAUAUCUCCCACAAAUACAGUUACCCCAAGAACUAAGCAUUCAAUUGGUCAAUAUGUUAACCACAAUGGGUCAGAAGCAAUUUGAAAAAUGGUUUGUAGAUAAUUUCAUUUCAGUUUUGAAGCAGGAUCAAUAG